AUGAAACCAAUUUUCGUUUUUGUCCUUUUACUCAUUGCUCUCACAACAAUCGUUUUCGUCGUUGAUGCAGCAGUUGUCAAGCGUGUUCAAGGAUCCAAGGCUAAAGUCAAAGCUCUUAAAAAACGGUACCAUGACUAUGAUGAUCGUUAUUAUGGUCACGGUUGGUUGCGCCAUCCACAUAUAGAGGAUGAUAGUUAUCGUCACGACGAAUCUCUCAAAUACAGAGAUUCGGAUAGAUAUAAUCAUUUUUCCUAUGAUGAUUAUUAA